AUUGCUCACAUGGGCUGGCAUCCUCUGUUACUUGAUAUGGGGUGGAUUUGCUCAACAAGGUGGAAGUGACUGCAUAAAAGCUAAUGCAAAAUCAUGUGGUGAAUGUAUACAGGCAGGACCAAACUGUGGAUGGUGUAAAAAAACAGACUUCUUGCAAGAAGGAGAACCAACAUCUGCCCGAUGUGAUGACUUGGCAGCACUGAAGAGUAAAGGCUGUCCCAUGGAAGAUAUAGAAAAUCCCAGAGGUAGCAAACAGAUUCUUGAAGACAGAGAAGUAACAAAUCGUAAGAUAGGUGCUGCAGAGAAGCUGAAACCGGAGGCCAUUACACAGAUCCAGCCACAAAAAUUAGUACUGAAACUAAGAGUCGGGGAACCCCAAACAUUUUCAUUAAAAUUUAAGAGAGCUGAAGACUACCCCAUUGACCUGUAUUAUCUUAUGGACCUCUCAUAUUCUAUGAAAGAUGAUUUGGAGAAUGUGAAAAGUCUCGGAACGGCUCUGAUGUUAGAAAUGUCAGAAAUAACUUCAGACUUUCGAAUUGGCUUUGGCUCUUUCGUGGAGAAAACUGUGAUGCCAUAUAUAAGUACGACACCAGCCAAACUCCAAAAUCCUUGUACAGGUGACCAGAACUGUACAAGUCCAUUUAGCUAUAAAAAUGUGCUCAGCCUUACCAGCGAAGGAAACAAAUUUAAUGAACUUGUAGGUAAACAGCACAUUUCUGGGAACUUAGAUUCUCCGGAAGGUGGAUUUGAUGCAAUAAUGCAGGUUGCGGUUUGUGGGGAACAAAUUGGCUGGAGAAAUGUUACGAGGCUGUUAGUGUUUUCCACGGAUGCUGGAUUUCACUUUGCAGGAGAUGGUAAACUUGGUGGAAUUGUUUUACCGAAUGAUGGGAAAUGUCACCUGGAAAAUGAUAUGUACACAAUGAGCCACUAUUAUGAUUAUCCUUCUAUUGCUCAUCUGGUACAGAAGCUUAGUGAGAACAACAUUCAGACAAUCUUUGCUGUUACUGAAGAGUUUCAGGCAGUUUAUAAGGAAUUGAAAAAUCUGAUACCAAAAUCAGCAGUGGGAACAUUGUCUUCAAACUCCAGCAAUGUGAUUCAGCUGAUCAUUGAUGCCUACAAUUCCCUUUCUUCAGAGGUUAUCCUGGAAAACAGUAAGCUACCAAAAGGUGUGACAAUCAGUUACAAGUCUUUCUGCAAGAAUGGAGUGAAUGACACGCAAGAAGAUGGAAGGAAAUGUUCUAACAUUUCAAUCGGAGAUGAGGUUAAAUUUGAGAUUAAUGUAACAGCUAAUGAAUGUCCAAAGAAAGGCCAAAAUGAAUCAAUUAAAAUUAAACCGCUGGGGUUCACUGAAGAAGUGGAAAUUAAUCUCCAGUUCAUCUGUGAAUGUCAGUGUCAAAGUGAAGGAGAACCUAACAGUCCAGCCUGCCAUGAGGGAAAUGGAACAUUUGAAUGUGGCGCAUGCAGGUGUAAUGAAGGACGUAUUGGAAGACUCUGUGAAUGUAGUACAGAUGAAGUGAAUAGUGAGGAUAUGGAUGCUUACUGCAGGAGGGAGAACAGCACAGAAAUAUGCAGUAACAAUGGAGAAUGCAUUUGUGGACAGUGUGUAUGCAAGAAAAGAGAAAACACCAAUGAAGUGUAUUCUGGCAAAUACUGUGAAUGUGAUAACUUCAACUGUGAUCGAUCAAAUGGUUUGAUUUGUGGAGGGAACGGUGUCUGUAAAUGCAGAGUGUGCGAGUGUUUCCCCAACUUCACCGGCAGCGCAUGCGAUUGUUCUUUGGAUACUUUUCCAUGUAUGGCAUCGAAUGGGCAGAUUUGCAAUGGAAGAGGAACCUGCGAAUGUGGGACCUGUAAUUGUACAGAUCCCAAAUUCCAAGGCCCCACAUGUGAAAUGUGUCAGACUUGCCUCGGAGUCUGUGCAGAGCACAAGGACUGCGUUCAAUGCAGAGCUUUCGACAAGGGAGAAAAGAAGGAAACAUGUUCUCAGGAAUGUAUGCAUUUCAACAUGACACAGGUAGAAAGUCGAGACAAGUUGCCGCAGCCUGGGCAGCCUGAUCCGUUGUCUCAUUGCAAAGAGAAGGAUGUUGAUGACUGCUGGUUCUACUUCACGUACUCUGUCAACUCAAAUGGUGAAGCCAACGUCCACGUGGUAGAGACCCCAGAAUGCCCCAGCGGCCCUGACAUCAUUCCCAUUGUAGCUGGUGUGGUUGCUGGAAUUGUUCUUAUUGGACUUGCAUUAUUAUUGAUUUGGAAACUACUAAUGAUCAUUCAUGACAGAAGAGAAUUUGCUAAAUUUGAGAAGGAGAAGAUGAACGCCAAGUGGGAUACGGUAAGUCAGGAGGCUUUUACCUGUAUAAAAGCUACAGUAGUUGAGGAAAAAUAGAAAUUUUUGUUCACGUGCC